AUGGCCUCCGUCCUGAGCAAGCGCCAACAGGCGCGCAACGAAAAGGCGCUGCAGGACCUUGUGGCCAAGGUGCCUGGUAACAAUUCUUGCGCCGAUUGCCAGGCCCGUAACCCAGCGUGGGCAUCAUGGAGCUUGGGCGUCUUCCUCUGCAUGCGCUGCGCUUCGAUCCAUCGAAAGCUUGGCACCCACAUUUCCAAGGUCAAGUCCCUGAGUAUGGAUGGCUGGUCCAACGAACAGGUCGAGAAUAUGAAAAAGGUUGGCAAUGUUACCUCGAACCAAAUCUACAACCCCGAGAACAAGAAGCCUCCGGUGCCCGUCGACGCCGACGAGGCCGACUCGGCCAUGGAGCGCUUCAUCCGAUCCAAGUACACCACGACGCCCGCUCCCACCAAGAGCCACAGCGCCAGGACCAUGGACGAAGGCAUCCCUCCCCCGCUACCGCCCAAGACGCCUAGCAAGUUCAGCUUCCGAUCCGCCUCUUCUAUUCUCCCUCUGUCAUCCCGCUCUAAAAAGCAGGCCGCUGCGCGAGACUCCAGGCCGCCGCCGAGCCCUUAUGACUAUCCACGGAGCCCGUCGCCAGACGACCACCUCCAGAACAAGCCUUCCAAGGUUUUCGGCGCCAGCGUCCAGUCCAGCAAGUCGGACGACACGGAGAGCAAGCUGGCUCACUUGCGUGACAUGGGUUUCGGGGACACGCAGAAAAACAUGACCGUUCUGCGGAGCGUCAACGGAAGCCUCGAGCGCGCCAUUGAAACGCUUGUCAGAGCAGCCGACACCGACAGGAGAUCCCCCAGCGCCGCAGCAGCCGCCGCCGAGAGAACCCUCCGCGCUUCGCGGUCCAUGACGCCCAUUAAUAUGACAUACCCGCAGCCCAUCCAGCAGCAACCCACAGGAAGCAACCCCUUCUUCACGACACAAGCCCACACCACGAUGCCACAGCAGCACCUGGCCGUCAACACCAUUACAAACUCGUCUGUCGGCUUUGCCAACAAUCCUUUCGCGCGUUCGCCCACCAGGAUCCAGUCGCCACCCCUGGGACAGAUUCCGGAGCAGUCGCAGUCGCAUUUCUACAAUUCUCCACAGCCCCUCUCGCCGUCGGUUGGCAAUCCGUUCUUCACGCAAGCGCAGAACCAGCAGCAGCAGCCGCAGCAGCAGCAGCAGCAAUCAUUUCAGCCACAGCCACAGUACCAACAGCAAGUCCAGCCUCAACAACAUCUCCAGCAGCAGCAGCAGCAGCAGCAGCAGCACCAGCCGCAGUUCCAGCCGCAAUUACAGCUCUACCAGCAACAAGGGCAAUACGCUCCGUCGCAGCCCACGUACCAGUAUGCCCAGCGAGCGGAUAAGGCCUCCAUCAUGGCACUCUUCAACCAACCACAGCUCGCUCCGCAACAGACAGGCAACCCAUACGCGCCUCAGACUGGGGCUGCGGCGCCCAGUUUUGAGAACCAAGUCAAUCCGGCACCGGCUCAGGCUCAGGCACAGCCCGCUCAGCCACAGCUCCAGCAGCCGACACGCAGCGUGUCGAUGCCACUGGCCGGCAGCAGCAACAACCCUUUCUUCGCGGGCAAUGUGCCCACGGCGCAGGCGGCCCCGGCGGCAGCUCCGGCGCCCGCAGCUCCCGCUGUCCAUGUUGGCGCGCAGCAGCAAAAGGCACACGUCAGCCGCGAGAGCAUGGCGUUUGCAGACAUGAACUGGGCCAACGGACGCCACAGUCCAGAUGCGUUUGCCAGUCUCAGUUCGAGGCACUUGUGA